GCGGGGAUGGAGCCAGGCUGGCCAGACAGCGGAGGCUGUUGAGUGAGGCUGGUGCCCAGGUGAAUUGAAGCCAGGCCCCUCGGUUAGUCAGCCUGUCCAUCCCUCCAGCCCUCUAUCCAUCGGCAUCGAUGCGGGUGCCCUGAGCUUGAGCCACAGACUCACUCCCAUCGGCCACGCCCAAGGUCAGCAUGAGCGGAUGCGUCUCCAGUGAGGGCACGCCUUCGCCCACCGCUUCCGAAGCGUCGAAAUUGUUGGAGGCGGCUUUAGAACAAAUGGACGGCAUCAUUCAAGGCGCUAAGUUUGAAUUCCCACAGUAUCAUCAGGGGCUGACCGGCCACGCCCAUCGAGCGCAUCCCACGACCGGCAGUGGGGGUGGUCCACCGGCUCUGCAUCAGUUAAAACGGGCUAUCCUGAACGAUCCGGAGCAGGGGCGGGGCUGGUUACGGGGCGAACCCGCCGAAUUUCUCCGUCAAUGGCUGAAUGAGGGCGGGGCAGAGGGAGGAUGCCACGGCUUGGUUUGGCCGAGGAAUGAUAACGAGGAUGCGGGUCGAACUUCAGAGUGGACCCGCUGGGCCGAACGGCUCCGGGCGGCGGAAGCCGAGGUCGAAUCCCAAAAGUGCCAGCUUCAAAGCUUAACUGACCAAUUGGCCCGUGAAAAAUCACGGGCUCAGGCCGCCGAACGGCAAUGUGAGGGUCAAACGGAAUUGUUGCGACGCACCGAACGGACCUUGGAACGCGAACGUCAUCAACGGGCGGACGGGACGAACGCUGCGGCUAGCCCGUUAUCCGAAUUGACGCAUCUCAAAGGGCGUUGCGCCGUCCUAGAAAAGGAAAACCAGGAAUUGCGGGCCAUAUGUGAAGGCCAUCGCACGCCCAAAUAUUUGCCCAUCUCACCCGCUAUAGUCCGUCCUCGACGUUUGGUGGGUCUGGGCAGUCCCGACGGUCCUCGCCGACCUUCGUGGGAAGAUAGCUCGCCCGAAGAUCCUUCGCCGCAGAUCGGUCGGAAAGAGGUGGCCUUUCACGCGCCCGCCCCGGUCCUGCCUUCGCCGGAUCCGGAUCUGGACACCAGUGGCUCGCACCGGCCGGCUCGGGGGUUCAAGAAGAUCUUCGGCAAAAUUAAGCGCUCCAACUCGGGCGGCCAUUUGGAAGACCACCCGCGCCCGGCCACGCCCGAGUUUCGCCGCGGAGGCUUCCGAGCCACCACGGGUGGACGUCUGGGCGGUGGAGUGGACAAAAAUCAGGACAUUAAAAGACCGCUGAGUGAUUGGAACACGGAUAUGAUCACCACUUGGCUGGAAUGUCUGGGCUUAGGGGCGUAUUGCUCCGAAAUUCAAAAGACCAUUGGCACUGGCCAGCAAUUGGCUCAGAUGUCCUUCAAUGAUCUGGAGUCCAAAUUGAACGUCAAGCACUUCCUGCAUCGCAAGAAGCUCUAUUUGGCCUUGGCGGCGCGUCAAGACCCCCACAAACCCGAUCCUCCCGGUCAUCUGGAUUACCAAUGGGUGCUCCGUUGGCUGGACGACAUUGGAUUGCCCCAACACAAAGACGCCUUCCUGGAGGCCCGCAUUGACGGUCGAGUCCUAAAUAUGCUCACCGUGGAUGACUUGUUCCAAUUGAAAGUGACCAACCAACUACACCAUCUUUCCAUUCGUCGGGCCAUUCAAAUCCUGCGUGAACAGAAUUUCGAGCCUAAUUGCCUUAAGCGACGGGCCAUCCCGGGCGAAACCGUUGAUGCGGCUAGUGUAGCCCGUUGGACCAAUCAUCGCGUCAUGGAAUGGCUCAAGCAGGUGGAUCUGUCCGAGUAUGCACCCAAUCUCCGGGGCUCAGGCGUUCAUGGAGCCCUGUUGGUGUUCGAGGAUCGCUUCAACGAUGAAUUGAUCGCCACCAUCUUGGCCAUUCCGAGCAGCAAGACCCUUUUGCGAAGGCAUCUCAGCAUUCAUUUCAAGGAGCUCGUGGGUCGCGAUGUGAUGCAGGGCAAGCGGACUGUCGAAACCGAGCCCAACUUUGCGCCCCUCACGCCCACUGCCAAAGCCAAGGUCCGACAAGGUGGCCAAUUCACAUUGAAGCGGAAGAAAUCCAAGGCCCAAUUCGAGCAAGAAGACCUUCUUUGUCCCCUAGACAAGAAGUGAGCAUUUGUAGUCUUGAGUAUCAACAUAUCCAUCCAACCAACCAUUUUUCCCCGUUCAGGGAACCUAGCUAAGAGUAUAUAAGAAUUUCGCCGUGUCAAAUCGAUCCAACGUGCCCUUCCUCUUCCUCAUGCAUGCCACAACCUUGCAGCAUUUACUAAGUAAUCUCUUGAUGCGUUUUAGCAGCUAUCUAUCCAUCUAUUUUUGUUACUUACUAUCCUUGUGAUGUGGUAUUCAAGUUUAUCUUGUUACAACAAAAGUGCCUUCUCAUGCAAA